AGUCGAUACAAUGGGAGUGUCUCCGCACCGGGCAGCCUUCAAGACUUUCGCCGGUCGUAUGAUACAUGGCAUAAUAUGAUGGAUUUCGAUCUCUCGACAGGCUUCAGAUCACCCAUUUGGGCUGGUUUCACUCUUGUUGCAAGCAUAGUCGCAUUUCGAUAUUUUCAAGUUGCUUCGCGAGUCGUUGAUUCAAUCCUACGGCGGAAGUACCCCAUUCACCACGCUUCAUCAAACGAAGAUUUACCUACCACUCCAUUCAUCCUACCAAAUGGUCAGGGCAAUGUUGAAAAGUUCCUGAACGGCCAAGAGAAUAGCGUGAAAUGGGGUUCGCAGUUCGGGCCAGUGUACCGAAUCUGGUCUGGCUUUCAAGGUGAAGUAGUUCUUACUAGGCCAAGUGAUAUUGAAGUCGUCUUCCGCGACUCUCACAGUCACCAGAAAGCGCCUUCGAACAACAGCGGACAUCUUAUGAAUCUACUUCUCGGAUCCUGUGUAGGCUUAAUCAGCGGUUCAGAAUGGCAAAAUGUUAGACGAGCCACGGAGCAACACUUUCUCCGUCCAAGUGCUAAAGCGCUCAUCCCUCGGGUGCUCGCGAAUGCCAAAACCUACAUAUCUACAAUGUACUCGGACCGAACAAAUGAGAAGUGGGAGAAGAGUACAGAUGAACGUCCGGGUAGAGAAUGGAAUCUUCACCCCGUAGUCGACCUGAAAAACUACCCCUUUCUCGUGGUGGCAGAGGUGCUCUACGGACCUUUGUCGGACGAUCUUCAGCGAAGGCUCAUUGCUCUCAUACCGGGACGAGUCAAGGUGUUUAAUCAGGUCAUCCAGGGAGGAAUAUCGCGUUUCCAAGCGUCGCGAGCUCUGCCACUCCGGAUCCACCGUGAAAUAGAUGCGUUCAAAGUUGAGUGGGCGCGCUGGAACGACGACGCCCAUGCUGCCGCAAUUCUGUCGCAGCAACAACACGACGGGAAGGCCUCGAAAACUGAAAUGACACAACUCAGACCAGCCAUCCUGGACAUGUACAAGUCAGUCGCGGAGGGACUUGCCACCCAGGAACACAUUCUUCAGACGCUUGACGAGAUGCUGUUCGCAAAUCUCGACGUUACCAUGGGAGGCAUAUCGUGGCCACUGAUCUUUCUCGCCGCGCACAUGGAUGUGCAGAACACGCUCCGGCGUGAAAUUGCAUCCAUAUCCCCAGAGACAGAAGGCGAGAUGGAGCGGUAUAUCCUGUCACAGGACACAUACCUUCAUCACGUGAUCCUGGAAGCGGCCCGUCUACGCCCCCUCGUUCCUUUCUCCAUUCCACAGUCAUGCCCGACGCCUCGCCUUGUAUCAGGUUACAAAGUUCCGGCCGGUACGAAUUUCAUCGUCGAUACGCAUGCGCUUAAUAUAAGGGAUCCGGCAUGGGGGCCUGACAAUACGUGUUUUCGACCAGAGCGAUGGAGGGGCAUAAGUGGCAAGGAGUCGCGGUACCGCUAUUGGCGAUUUGGAUUUGGCCCAAGGCUGUGUCUGGGGAAACACGUAGCGGAUGUCAUGAUUAAGGCGCUUAUAUAUGAGUUGGUGCAGCGGUCUGAGUUGGUGGUGGGCGAGAACGACGAGUGGAGAUGGGAUGAAGAGUGCUGGAUCAAUCAUCCAGCGAUGGAGAUCAAGUGUGUGAAUAAUAAUGAAAGUAGUGAUUGA